UUCCCAAAAAAACAAAACGACCUUGUUUUAUUCGAACCGGCCGGUUCAACGGUUUUCAAGCGGUUUUUUUCUCCAGCGGUUCUAUGUAGUAGAUCGGAUCAGUUUUCAGAACCAUGGUCCCUACUCAGUACUAACUAAACUAUUGCAGAAUUUUAAAAACCGAACCGGACCGGUCAGUUGGAUCAGUUGGUUCUCUACUGUUUUUUAUUCUGAAUUUUUUUUUUCUGUUAUGAUUCCUUGCUGUAUUGUUAAUUUGUUAGUGCUACUGCUUCUUAGCUAAUGCUUCUGCGUUUGCGUUUGCGUUUGCGUUUGCGUGGUUCAACCUCCUCAGCUGCUACUUCAUUCCAACUCACAUAACACUCACUCUUCUCUUCAACUUCUUAUGCAAUGGCUGCCACUGAAGAAUCGCUCCGCAAGGCCCUCACCGAAAAGCAAUCUGCCGUCGAGGCUCAGGGAAAUGUUGUCACGUGCACUCAAGGCCGCCGCAGCACCCAAGUCUGACAUCGAUGCCGCCGUCCAGUCACUCAACGCACUCAAGCUUGAGAAGAACGAUGUCGAGCGCCAGCUCCAGUCAAUCCUCUCCGCCGACGGUGGACUAAGCAGGGAGGCAUUCCGUCAGGCAGCUGUCAACACGCUCGAGCGCCGCCUUUUCUACAUCCCAUCGUUCAAGAUCUACCGCGGUGUGGCUGGCCUCUAUGACUACGGCCCUCCCGGAUGCGCUGUCAAGUCCAAUGUUCUCGCCUUCUGGCGCCAGCAUUUUGUUCUUGAGGAGAAUAUGUUGGAAGUUGACUGCCCCUACGUGACACCUGAGGUUGUCCUCAAGGCUUCAGGUCAUGUGGAUAAGUUUACGGACCUCAUGGUUAAGGAUGAGAAGACGGGGACAUGUUAGUAUGUUACCAUGCCGACCACUUGCUCAAGGACUUUUGCAAUAAGAAGCUGCAGAAUUUUGGUUUACUUUGUGGUUGCUAGGAUUUAGAAAAAAAAUUCAAUUGGGGGUUUCGAAGGAUUUCUACCGGGCGAUUGAUGGAACCCUUUGGGCCUUUCUUAUGGCCCAAAAAAAAA